AUGGGUCUCCAAGGCACAAUUGCACCACAUGUUGGCAACCUCUCCUUUCUGGUCUCAUUGGAUCUCCGAAAUAACAGCUUCUCUGGGUUCCUGCCAAAUGAAAUCAGCCAUUUACAUCGCUUGAAGGUACUCAUGCUGCAUGCCAACCAGUUGGAGGGAAACAUUCCUCCAACUUUGUAUCGCUGCGAAAAGCUUGAACUGAUUAGCCUUGCAAUAAACAAGCUUAGCGGCCAUAUACCUAAAGAGUUGGGUUUCUUACCCAGACUUGAGCAACUAUUGAUUGGUAACAAUAAUUUUUCUGGUGGAGUUCCACCAAUUUUGGGUAACAUUUCAACAUUAGAAGUAUUGAAUAUGUCCUAUAACGGCCUUACUGGUUCACUUCCUUCUUCCCUGUUUAACCUGUCUUCUUUAGUUACUUUUUCUGUGGAACAAAAUCACCUUUCUGGAAGUUUUCAUGAUGUUGAUGUCUGCCAUUCUUGGCCUAGACUUCAAUUCCUUUCUCUUGUUCACAAUAAUUUUAGUGGCCAGCUUCCUUACUUCAGAAAUUGUACAGAGCUUGUCAUCUUGUAUUUAUCAUUCAAUAAGUUUGUGGGAAAAAUUCCAGCAGAUAUUGGCAACUUACAAAACCUUGAGGAACUUUAUCUUAGUUUUAAUAGCCUAACUGGUACUAUACCUCCUAGCAUAGGUAACUUGUCCAGCUUGAGAUCCUUGCUUUUAAGGGAGAAUAACCUUAAGGGAAGCAUUCCUCGUGAUUCAGGACGACUUUCUAGAUUGGUCUUUUUCGUGAUUCGUACGAAUGGCCUAAGCGGACCAGUGCCUCUGGAAAUAUUCAAUAUCUCCUCCCUGCAAGUUAUUGAAGCAAAAGAUAAUGCCCUUUCAGGAAAGUUUCCUUCCUCCUCUGCAGUUCGGCUUCCUAGCAUUGGAUUCAUCACUCUUUCUCACAAUAAAAUUACCGGACAUGUCCCAUCCUAUUUUGCAAAUUUUACAAAGCUCUACGUAUUUCAGGUUACAUCCAACUUUCUCUACGGACCAAUUCCCAAGAAUUUUGGUAGCUUAAAUCACCUCGAAAACCUUCUUCUCGGGGGAAAUCAAUUAACAGGAGAUCCCGGAGUUCCUACACUUGAUUUUCUUUCUUCUUUGUUUAAUGGCCCUUCCCUGAAAAGAUUAGUUCUGUCUGAGAAUCCUUUAAAUGGCACCAUACCAAACUCCUUUGGAAAUUCUUCUUCUCCUCUCCAGUUCUUUUGGAUAGACAAGUGCCAGAUUAAGGGCCACAUACCCAAGGGAAUUGGUUCUUUGAAAAGCUUGACGUACCUUUUAUGGGGUAACAACAAUCUGAGUGGAAAUAUACCAGAGUCAAUUGGAGGUUUGGAGAGGCUGCAAAGAUUGUAUCUUGGCAACAACAGUUUAGAAGGCUGUAUUCCAGACGAGCUUUGUCUUUUGAGGAACCUGGGAGAACUAUCACUACAAAACAAUAAAAUCUCUGAAUCAAUCCCAAAUUGCAUAGGAAACCUCAACCUCCUUCAGAAAGUUUUCCUAAGUUCCAAUAGAUUGACAUCAUCAGUACCGUUGGGUUUAUGGGACCUUGAAAAUCUCCUGUUCUUAGAUCUGUCAAUCAAUUCUUUUUAUGGGAACUUACCUCCAAGCUUGAGCAAGUUGAAUGCCAUUCAAGAGAUAGAUUUAUCUCAAAACCAAUUUACCGGAAACAUUCCAAGCACCAUAGGCAGUUUGCAAACUCUGAGCUCUCUUAAUCUGUCACAAAACUUCUUUACAGGUUCUGUUCCACAAACUUUUGGUGAUCAGCUGAAAGGAGGUCCCUUCUGGGGACGUUUCGUCAACUUCAAUGCCCAGUCAUUUUUGGAGAAUAAAGCACUAUGUGGGAGACGAGAGUUUGGACUCCCACCUUGCAAGACUCAUAGGACUCAAAAAUCAAAAGUGGCCACUCGUUUGCUGGCCAAAUAUGUUCUUCCAGCCAUUGCAUCAACACUGAUUCUCAUAGCCCUCUGUUGUAUGUUGACAAGGUAUGGAAAAAGAAAGAGAGGCAAGACUCCGAGUUCAGUUGAACAGUUAACAACAGUGGAGCAUAUUGUGAUAUCAUAUCAAGAACUCCGUCGGGCUACAAAUGACUUUUGUGAAAGCAACUUACUUGGAGUGGGAAGUUUUGGCUCGGUGUACAAGGGGAUACUGUCUAAUGGGACAACCAUUGCUGUCAAAGUUCUUAAGCUGGAAAUGGAGGGUGCUGUAAAAAGUUUUGAUGCAGAAUGCAAGGUGUGGAGAACAAUCCGGCAUAGGAAUCUUGUAAAGGUCAUAACUACAUGUUCUAGCCCUGAGGUCAGUGCUUUGGUGCUGCAGUACAUGUCUAAUGGCAGUCUUGAGAAAUGGUUAUACUCUCACAACUACUGUCUCAGUAUUCUGCAAAGAGUGAGCAUGUUGAUCGAUAUUGCAUCUGCUUUGGAAUAUCUCCAUCAUGGCCAAGCAGAAGCAGUGGUGCACUGUGAUGUGAAGCCUGGGAAUAUCCUUCUUGAUGAAGACAUGGUAGCACAUGUUGCAGACUUCGGUCUUGCAAAAAAUUUAGCAAAAAACAAAGAGGAAACACAGACAAGAACCAUCGGCACUCUGGGCUACGUAGCACCAGAGUAUGGUUCUGCCGGAAAAGUGUCCAAAAAGGGUGAUGUCUAUAGCUUUGGGAUAAUGCUGCUGGAAAUAAUGGCGAGAAAGAAACCCACUGAUGAAAUGUUUGCCGGAGAAGUUACUUUGAGGCAAUGGAUAAAUGUCUCUAUCCCUGAUAAUGUUCUGGAAGUGGUGGAUGCUGGCUUAUUGAGCAUAGAAGAGGGAAGAGACAUGAAUGCCACAGAAAGUAUCCUAGUGUCCAUCCUCGAAAUAGGCUUGACGUGUUCGGAAGAAGUAGCAGAGGAUAGAAUGGACAUUAAGGAUGUGGUGCCCAAGCUCAAGAAAAUAAAAUUGGCACUACAACAUUGAGUCAGAUCGAGGUGUACUUUAAUAUCCAGAGUUUAGCCUUGUUUUUUUUUUUGUUUGCACAACUUUGUUAUUUCUCAUUGUCUUUCCUAUACAUAAGUUGGUUGGUGUGUUCAAUGUCAGUAAUUAUUUCCA